UUGGCCACGCCUGAUCCACAUACACUUCUCAUGAUUUUGAUCACACCCAAAUCAACUCACUAUUCCAUCCAUCUUUCUUAAUCCCACAAAAAUUUGCCAAAAAUUCUUGGAAAAAUGUCAGUUGCUUCAAUCCAAUGCAUCAGAAUCACAAAUUCUUCGUUAAAUCCAUCAUCACCCGCUUCUUCUUCGUCUCCUUCUUCAUCAAUUGCUCCCGGAUUCCCAUUUUCAGCAAGCAAACGAUCUCUAAUUACCAUAAGAUGUUCUCAAGCUGAUGGCCCUUUAAGAAGACCCUCAAUUGCUACCCCACCCGUAAGACCUACUCCUCCUACGCCGACUCAGCCGAACCCACCGCCGUCUGUAUCUUCACCGCCGGAGACUACGGCGGUGGGCCAGAAUGUGGUGACGAUGGAGUUUCAGAGACAGAAGGCGAAGGAGCUUCAGGAGUAUUUUAAGCAGAAGAAACUUGAAGAAGCUAAUCAAGGCCCUUUCUUUGGGUUUAUCGGCAAAAAUGAAAUCUCCAAUGGCAGAUGGGCGAUGUUCGGAUUUGCAGUUGGGAUGUUAACGGAGUAUGCAACAGGAUCAGACUUUGUUGAUCAAGUGAAAAUCCUGCUCUCCAAUUUCGGCAUUGUAGAUUUGGAAUGAGUCUUUUCUCUAUUCCUCUGCAUAUUACAACUUUCAUUUGGAAAUUACUUUUAUUUUACGUAUUCUAUUCAUGUAACUCCUUAUGUUAAAAAAAAGAAAAAAAGAAAUAUAGUUGGUUUUGUAA